UGGAGUCUCCCAGCUGGUCGGACCAGUUCCAGGGUCAGUGGCAGAGGGGUCCGGUCCUCCUGUCCUCCUCCUUUUCUCUUCUUCUCUCUCACCGGAGGCUUCUGUUCCUCUUCACUCCUCCUCGUUAUCUUUGCUUGGAUCAGCCGAUGCCUCCACCCUCCUUCUUCUCCUCCUUCUCCUCCUCCUCCUCCUCACCGUGGCUUUGAACUUCUUUACUUCCCUCAAAGAAACAGCCGUUCUCCUCGUCCACCCUCCUCUUCCUCCUCCCUUCUUCCUUUCUACGCUCGGGUUCUCUGGGUUCCGAGUGACCAGCGAACAUGGCGGACAAACAGGGCGUGGCGGCGGGCGGCGGGGAGGACGUGGGGAGCAUCAUGGCGCUGCUGGAGCGCGUGGCGGGCCUCAUGGACAGCGUGCAGACCACGCAGCAGCGCAUGGAGGAGCGUCAGCUGGAGCUAGAGAGCACGGUGAAGACCAUCCAGACGGACGUGGUCAAGCUGACCGCCGACCACGCCAACACCAGCUCCACCGUCGACCGGCUGCUGGAGAAGACGCGCAAGGUCAGCCGCCACAUCAAGGACGUCAGGGUGCGCGUGGAGAACCAGAACCUGAGGGUGAAGAAGGUGGAGGCCACCCAGGGAGACCUCCUUGCAAAGAACAAGUUCAGGGUGGUCAUCUAUCAGGGCGACCAGGAGGUGAAGGCCGUCGCACCGGGGAAUGAGCCAGCAGAACCCAGCGGCAGCGCCGGCGCCCGACCCGAGGUGGAGCCGGACAACUUCGAGCUGCCUCCGGAUUCGGAUGAGGAGUACAUGGUGGUGGAGGAGGCCGACUCCUCGGCGGCCGGCCGGGCCAAGAAGACGGGGCUGACGCGCAUCGAGAGCUUCAAGGCCACGUUCUCCAGGGAGAACAUGAGCAAGACCCGCGAGAACCUGGGCACCAAGGUCAACAAGUUCGGCGAGCGCAUCGUGACGGCCGAGAGGCGCGAGAAGAUCCGGCAGUCGGGCGAGAGGCUGAAGCAGUCGGGCGAGAGGCUGAAGGAGACCAUCAGCAAGAGUGUCCCGGCCAAGCUGAACCUGAAGAAGGAGAGGACUGUGGCGGAGGGGCAGGAGGGGGCCGAGGGCGGCGCCGAGGGGGCCGCGCCCGUCCCUCCGCCCAAAGGUCGCAAGGGCGGCGCCGACGCCAGCAAGGCGGCCGCCGAGGAGGCCAAGGCGGACGAGUCCGAGGUGCCGAUGUACGACAUGAAGCAGCUGUCGUAAGAUCUGGGCCCGUUUCUGUGGCCUCCGAGGCCAGAAAAGGGGGAGGAGCUGGAGGAGGUGAAGAUUGACAUUGGGGGGGGGGGGGGGUUGUCGAGGGAAGUUUCUGAACCCGAGCGGGUUCCUCAAAUCAGCGCAGUUAUCGUGAGUUCUGGAUGUCCAAUCAGGAGAUAGAAGAACAAACGCGUUGAGAGGCUCAAUGAUUAAAGUUCAAAGGUUACAAACUGUCCCUGAGGAUCGACUUGAAUAAAGUGGACUUAACAGAAACCGUGUCUCCUUUUAAUUGUCCAGCAAAUUUUGGGAAACUUUGAAGAUGUCGCAGAAUGAAGAAAAGCUAAUUGGGUUGCUGCUGAGUUUAAGGAGGAAUUAGUUCCAACCUUCAUGUGGGUCGAAGAAGGAGAAGAAGAAGAAGAAGAAAAGUAAUCACACGUCAUGAGAAUAAUUUAUGUAUGUAUGUCAGAAUGUGUUUGUUUAGGACAAAAAACACCUCAGGCCAGAGUUUUUAAAUGUUUACAUUGAGAAACUUUAAGCUGAGACACAGUGAGCAAACAGCUAAUUAGCGCUAGCAGCCAUGUUGAGAGGCAUUUAUUUUAUUUUUAAAGGUAUUUAAAUUUAAAUAGUCAUAGUUAAACAUUGUAAUAUUUGAUGUCAUUAAGCUGAACAUAAAGCAGUUUUCUUGUGACUAGGACAUUGUUUGUUUUUAGCGUUGGUUAGCAUUGGUUUGCGUUGGUUAGCGUUGGUUAGCAUUAGUUAGCUCAUGGCGGUAAGAGCUGCCGGUUUGUGUGGGAUUGUCACAUAAAAAUAAAAGUUGACUUCUGUGA